ACGACCGCAGUUUUGGACCAAAUAUAGAGCAAACAUAAAACACAACCGUUUUCAUUUUACCGCUUUGUAACACUUCAAUUGUUCUUUCUUGUUCUGAGAGCCGUUCUACGUUAACAAAAUUAAUUGCCAGUUUCUUUUUUUUUUGCAAUUUUCACAGAUAUAUUCGACCACAUUCCGACCACGCCAAAAUCGUGACAUCUUUCUUAACCUUUUCAUUCUGAAAAAUUGAAUCGCAGCUCUAUUUAUAUUUGGAAAUGAUCAAGCAAAAAAAGAAGGGCUUGACCGAUAGCAGCUAUGCAGGUGUGUCUGUUUCUGGACUUGGAUCCAGUGGCGAUGACUGGUACUUGAGUGGAAUGAAUGGUGACCGGUCGGCAUCUUCAGUUGUUUAUCUCCCAGAGAUCAAAGAAGGUAUUUUGAAGAAGAGGGUGACUCAUCAGCGACAAGUGGCAGAUUGGGCCAGAAGCGAAUCUAAGAAACUCAAAUUUGGUAGUCCAAUAGGCUCAUCGAAAUCCAGCCACACAAACUCAACCAGUUUGGAAGAAGAAGCUUCAUAUCGACAACAACUAAAAGAGAAGCAGCUGCAACUGUCGUAUCUAAAGUAUCGCAAAUUAAGACAAAAGUUAGUAGAAUCUGCGCUGGAGAAGCCUUCGAUGAUAUCUGAUAUUCCAAACUUAACGAAAUCUCUCCUGGGAGAAAAGUAUCUCUUGGAAGAUAACAUUCCUCGACACCAACGACUGAUGAUGGGAGCAAGUUAUGACUAUACCAAUCUGUUUGACGACAUCACCCCUAGAAGCGUACAAUUCUUGAAAAAAUAUCCAUUACUAGGAGAAGCAUAUAUGCCUUCGCCGAGAUAUUACCCGCACAGUCCAGCCCAUUUACAACUACAAUCACUACCCAACUACAAUAACUACCCUUUCUUACACUCACCUGCCCUGCAUUUAUCCCAUGCCGGCCCUCUAGUGAACUCGCCUGACCCUCUGACAGCCAAUCAGAUGCUGAUGCAAUCUCUACUUUCCGAGAGAGCCCUGCACUCUUUACAGAAGAGAUUGCCUCCAAGAGCGAGAGUGGAUGAGCAAAUGAGACAGCAGUACCACCAAUCACAGACCCACAGACCAUUCAUGGUCCCCCCGUUCUCACUCUGACUCCGAAGCUAAAAGAACAUGAAGAUUAUUGAACAAAAUGAAGCGAUCAUUUACAGUUACGCGACGCUAAAAAAAAACGCGGACCAAAUCACGAAUAGUUUCUACCUUCUAUUUUUAUUACUUAUUGUAAUUUUUUUCAAUUAUUUACUUAGAAUUAGUCAGUGGUUUAAAGUGUAAUAGUUCAAGUAGAUAUAUUUA